AUGCACUUAAAUUCUGUGCUCCUUUUACUUUGUUUAUGCAUUGUUAAUAAUACGUUUCAAAUAAGAUUUACAAGGAAAAUAAAGGCGAUUGGAUUUCCGUAUUAUAAAAUUUUAUUGACAUUAGGUACUUGUAAAAACAGUGUACUUUUCAAAGAAGAGAAAGUAUGGCCAACAGUAAGGUUAAACAGAGUAAUGGAUAUAUACUACCGGAGCAGUAAUAGUGAUGUAAAAGUAUCGCAAGUGGAUAUAUUUCUUAUAAUAAACAACACGGACUGUGUUGCGUUUUCAACCUCUGGGGUAGGGUAUCCAGAAUUUGCUGCUACUAUGUUCUACGCAACCAACAUGGGCGCGACUUAUUAUAGGUUAACAAUUUUUACUUGCGACUACAACAUCACAGUGGAAACAUUAGAAAUGAUUACAAAUCCAUCAUUUGUUUAA